AUGCAGUUCAUGACACAUGGAGUGCAAGACACACAGCAGCAACAUGCAAAUCAAGGAUCUAAUCUCAAGCAAGAACAGGUUACUCCUGAAAAAUCUAAUCAGGAGCAGAAUAAGUCCAAUCCAAAUUUGAUUGACACAAAAACUGAAGCAGGCAUGGAAAUUACUUCGAAUGGUGAAAAUUCAGAAAGGCCUCCCUGGAAGAAGCUGGGAGUAGUAAAGAGGAUCUCGAACAAAGAGCGUCGCCGGCGGCAAAAUCAGAGCCUGCGCCGACUGGUGACUCCCAAGAGCGCAUUGAUGGUGCUCAACGAAAUGGUGUAUGGCGCACCAUUAGACUUCAGAGUGGAUUGCGCUCCGCCAACCGGGUACUACGCAUCGAACAACCCGAGCUUCUGCGCCGAAGUGACAAUUGACGGGUGCAGUUAUCGGGGCUGUGGUGAAACGAAGACAUCGGCCCGCAGCGCGGCCGCCGAGCAAGCCGUACGAGAUAUCAUUAUCAAAAAACUGAAUAAAUUUAACACCCAGGAGAAAUCCAACGAGGCAAAAGAUGGUGAGGAGAAAAUGGAGACGGAAGAGGAGGAGCCCAUGCCGAUGAUCCAGCUGGCGUCGUACGCGUUGCACAAGCUGUUCAGCGAGUGGGAGGGCGAAGGUCAUCAUGUGCCGCAGAUCAGACCUCACAAUUCCUCCGUAUCGGACGCGGACGUGGACCUGACGUCUCAAGCCAACGGCCCACCGCCUCCGAAGCCGAAGAAAGUGAAGACUCUCCCCGAGAACGCUGCAGAAAUGCACCCUUGUAUGCUGUUGUCGUACAUGCGGCCGAUGCAAGAGUACCGGGAGCUGGGGGUGCAGGGCGACCGUCCGCAGAACCUCAUCUACACCAUCGGAGUGGAGGUGGACGGCGCCACCUUCAUCGGCCAAGGACCAAACAAGAAGGAGGCUCGCAAGGACGCGGCCACGUCAGCCUGCAAUUCGCUGUUCGGAGUCAAAUUCCAACAAACAUAA